AUGAAGGUCACCACAGGAAUCGAUCUCAUCAUCAUCAACGCUACUAUUGCUACCGCAUCCGACAUCAUUCCUAACCAGGAAAUCGCCAUCUCAAAUGGCAAGAUUCUCCUGCUGGGACAAAACCUCCAAUCGAUCUCCCCAACCACACCAGCACUAGACGCCCAAGGAGGCUAUGUAAUGCCAGGAGGGAUAGACUCCCAUGUCCAUCUCGCGCAGGACAACAGUCCAACCGGCGACAACUGGGAGACUGGGACUCGCUCCGCCAUUGCAGGGGGCACGACGACUGUUCUUGCGUUUGCAAGUCAGAAACGAACUGAUGAGAGUGUUAUUCCUGUUAUCAAGGAAUACCAUCGACGGGCAGUGGAUGCGCAUUGCGAUUAUGGGUUUCACCUGAUCUUGACGAACCCGACACAGCAUAUUUUGCAAAACGAGCUUCCGCUGCUUGUCAAAGAGGGCAUCACCUCCGUCAAGAUCUACAUGACUUAUCAACCGAUGAAACUGGGCGAUGGCCAGAUUCUGCAUGUGAUGGAAACCACCCGGCGACUGGGCAUGACGACCAUGGUGCAUGCUGAAAACUCAGAAAUGAUCCAAUGGAUGACCACGAAACUGGAGGGUCGUCGUCGGGUAGAGCCAUACGCUCAUGCACUGGCUCGUCCAAAUAUAGCAGAAGACGAGGCGACCUAUCGUGUCAUUUCACUAUCAGAGCUUGCGGAUGUUCCUAUCUUAAUCGUGCACAUGUCGUCGAAACUCGCGGCCAAGCAUGUACGAAAGGCUCAGACUCGGUUGCUUCCUGUCCACGCGGAGACAUGCCCUCAUUAUCUGCUACUGACAAGCGAAAGGCUGCGUGGAGAUGAUUUCCACGGGUCAAAAUGCGUCUGUUCGCCUGCUUUGCGAGAAGAUCCGAUGGAUUUGCAGGCCAUGUGGGAUGGUCUAUCGAAUGGAACAUUCACGACCGUCUCUAGUGAUCAUGCACCUUCCAAAUUUGAUCAUCCUUUGGGCAAAAAGCAAGGGACCUCCACUUUUACCCAGAUUCCCAACGGUCUGCCUGGCGUUGAAACCAGAAUGCCCACAGUAUUCUGUGAAGGGGUAUUGACUGGUCGGUUAUCAGUAACGAAAUACGUCGAGCUGACCAGUUCGAAUCCUGCAAAGCUAUACGGACUCGGUCACUGCAAAGGGACAAUUGCGCCUGGUUAUGACGCUGAUCUGGUAAUCUGGUAUCCCACGGCAGAACAGGCUGCUACGAAUGGUAGUACUAUGAUGACUCCAUUCAAGCUGAAUAAUAACUUGUUGCACCAUGAUAUCGACUAUACUCCGUUCGAGGGAAUGGAAUUCAAUAACUGGCCCCGAUAUACUAUACUACGCGGAAAGGUGAUAUGGAACCGAGACGAGGAGCUACUAAAUGGCAAAGGUGAGGGGAGAUAUGUGAAGCGGGGCAUGAGCACACUGAGUAAACCGCGAGAGGUUUUUGUAAACGAGUUUCAUCCAUAUGAAUAGAGCAGGAAUAAGACGGAAAGUCAGUCCCGAGAUAAGCAGCCAAAGAACAAACCAG